GCUGGACUACGCAGAGUGGUGACGUUUCCUCAUUGGGCGGAAGGUUCGGUGGCAGUCGUCGGUCUUCCAGCUGGUGGGAGUUGGCGUCGCGGUGCUGGGCGCUGGGACCCUAGUUUAUGUAGUUUUGCAAGUCGGGCUGUGGGGUCGCCCCUGUCUUUCUGAUCCUCGCUUUCCCGGGUUUACUCCCCCAGCGUGGGGCUUCGCGAAGGAUUUCCCGGCCCCUUUGGGCCACGGCGGUAGCGGUGCCUUUUGCGGUGAGGAAAGUGAGGCUCAGAGAGAUUAAGUAACUUGCCCAAAGUAACACAGCGAGUAUGUAACAGAGCUGGGAUUUGAAUCCAGGUCUGUCAGUCUCUAAAUCCCAUGCUCUUUCCAGUACUUCACACUGCAACAGAUUUUCUUGUAAUCACAUCUCAAAGCCUUCAAGAUGGUACUAGCAGACCUUGGAAGAAAAAUAACAUCGGCAUUACGCUCCUUGAGCAAUGCCACCAUUAUCAAUGAAGAGGUAUUAAAUGCUAUGCUAAAAGAAGUAUGUACAGCAUUAUUGGAAGCAGACGUUAAUAUUAAACUAGUGAAACAACUAAGAGAAAAUGUAAAGUCUGCUAUUGAUCUUGAAGAAAUGGCGUCUGGUCUUAACAAAAGGAAAAUGAUUCAGCAUGCUGUUUUUAAAGAACUCGUGAAGCUUGUAGACCCUGGAGUUAAAGCAUGGACACCCACUAAAGGUAAACAGAACGUGAUCAUGUUUGUUGGAUUGCAAGGCAGUGGUAAAACAACAACAUGUUCAAAGUUAGCAUAUUAUUACCAGAGGAAAGGUUGGAAGACCUGUUUGAUAUGUGCAGACACAUUCAGAGCAGGAGCUUUUGACCAGCUAAAACAGAAUGCAACCAAAGCAAGAAUUCCAUUCUAUGGAAGCUAUACAGAAAUGGAUCCUGUUAUCAUUGCCUCGGAAGGAGUGGAGAAAUUCAAAAAUGAAAAUUUUGAAAUUAUUAUUGUUGAUACAAGUGGCCGCCAUAAACAAGAAGAUUCUUUGUUUGAAGAAAUGCUUCAAGUUGCUAACGCUAUACAACCUGAUAACAUAGUUUAUGUGAUGGAUGCCUCCAUUGGGCAGGCUUGUGAAGCCCAGGCUAAGGCUUUUAAAGAUAAAGUAGAUGUAGCCUCAGUAAUAGUGACAAAACUUGAUGGCCAUGCAAAAGGAGGUGGUGCACUCAGUGCAGUUGCUGCCACAAAAAGUCCAAUUAUUUUCAUUGGUACAGGGGAACAUAUAGAUGACUUUGAACCUUUCAAAACACAGCCUUUCAUCAGCAAACUUCUUGGUAUGGGUGACAUUGAAGGACUGAUAGAUAAAGUCAACGAGUUGAAGUUGGAUGACAAUGAAGCACUUAUAGAGAAGUUGAAACAUGGUCAGUUUACGUUGCGAGACAUGUAUGAACAAUUUCAAAAUAUCAUGAAAAUGGGCCCCUUCAGUCAGAUCUUGGGGAUGAUCCCUGGUUUUGGAACAGAUUUCAUGAGCAAAGGAAACGAACAAGAGUCAAUGGCAAGGCUAAAGAAAUUAAUGACGAUAAUGGAUAGUAUGAACGAUCAAGAACUUGACAGUACUGAUGGUGCCAAGGUUUUUAGUAAGCAACCAGGAAGAAUCCAAAGAGUAGCAAGAGGAUCAGGUGUAUCAACGAGAGAUGUUCAAGAACUUCUGACACAAUAUACCAAAUUUGCACAGAUGGUAAAAAAGAUGGGAGGCAUCAAAGGACUUUUCAAAGGUGGUGACAUGUCUAAGAAUGUAAGCCAGUCGCAGAUGGCAAAAUUGAAUCAACAAAUGGCCAAAAUGAUGGAUCCAAGAGUUCUUCAUCACAUGGGUGGUAUGGCAGGACUUCAGUCAAUGAUGAGGCAGUUCCAGCAGGGUGCAGCUGGCAAUAUGAAAGGCAUGAUGGGAUUCAAUAACAUGUAAAGAAGAUGCCUUAAUAUAAACUGACUCAGUUGAUUACACUAUUUGCUGAGACCUCAGAGUUUCCCUCCUUUUUGCAAAUGGGGAAAAAAGUAUUUUUCUUGCCUGUCUUGCCCUUUUUCUCUCUCUUCUCAUCUUUUUUCCUCUUCUUUUCUUCCUUCUUCUUUCCUUCUCUCCCUUUGAUAUAAGGGAGAAAUAUAUGGUUUUUGUGGACAUCAUUAUAUUUUUGCUUUAGAUUUUCUUCUCAGUUUUCAACCAUCAUAACACUUCCUAAGUUAAACAAAUCAUGAUGUAAAAUUUUAGUACUUAAAAGUUUUUAAUUGUCUCAAAGGCCAAGAAUUACAUUUGUAAACAGUCCUGGUCAGUGGUUACAUGAUGUCUCAAUAAAAGUGCUGUAAAAUAAACUUCAAAGUCGUUUUAAGUUAA